AUGGCGGCCAUCUCCAUCAACACCGGCGGCGCCAGUGGAUUCCUCUACAACUCCGGUUCAGGAACCGCCCGGCUCUGCAUCACCGCCGAAACGGAAGACUUUGAUAACGAGACACUACGCAGCUGGCAGGAUGAGGGGUUUGAUGUUGUUUAUGUCCCUUACGAGGUCGGGGAGAAGGAAUAUAUAACGAGGUUGAGGUCUGUUAGGGAGGGUUUGGGGGUGGGGGAGAAUUAUGCUAUUAUUGCAUUCGGUGACGCUGCUUCGUUCUGUCUGGAUCAUUACCUCAAGCCUACGAAUGCGAGUCGACUUUGUGCGUUGAUUGCCUACUAUCCAACGAACAUUCCUGAUACACGGUCUCGAUUUCCGCAGUCGCUUCGGGUGUUGACACAUCUGGCUGGGUCGACGGUGGAUGUAACAACUGUUCCAACGGCCCUAGGCCUGCAGGGGAAGAAGCGCCGGAGGACGCGACAGAUAAACCCCGGGAUUGGGACAGGCGAGCGUCUUAACAUCGGGUUCCCGACGUAUACAUACGAAUACGUACAGCCUGGCUUUGCGGAGCACGAUCUAGAUGAAUACGACCGGUUAGCAUCCGAACUCGCCUGGACGCGCAGCCUCCAUGUUCUGCGGAGGGGUUUUGGAAAGGACCUCGAUUUAGAGGGGAGGUGGGAGGAGCAUCAAGAAGGAAAAUUCUUCUCCUCAAACCUCUCCACCACAAUGGACCACUACACCACCCAUCUCACACCAAUAGUCACAUACACACCCACCCUAACCGGCGGCAUCGGCACCAACUCCCUCCGCCGCUUCUACGAACAACACUUCCUGCGCAGUUUACCUCCAUCCAUGCGUCUCCGUCUCAUAUCUCGCACGGUCGGGGUAGAUCGUAUUGUUGACGAACUCUACGCUUCGUUCGAGCAUACGCAUGAUAUUCCCUGGAUGCUCCCGGGGGUCCCGCCUACGAACCGGAAGGUGGAAGUUGUCUUAGUUAGCAUUGUUGGUAUGAAAGCGGGAAAGUUAUCAUCAGAGCACGUGUAUUGGGAUCAGGCUAGUGUUCUUGUGCAGAUUGGGCUGUUAGAUCCUAAGUUAGUUCCGGGUGGGGUGAAGGGCGUGGAUCGGUUACCUGUUGUUGGGGGAGAAGCUGCGAGGAGGAUGUUGCGUGAAGAUCCGGAGACAAAUGAGGAGUUCCAUAAUCGGUUGAUUCGAAGGGCGAAUGCUAAAGGGAAGGAAAAUGAGAAGGAUGAGAAGGCGGGUAUGGAAUCUGGGGUUGAUUCGAAGGGUGGUUCUAUGGAUAGAGGGGGCAAGGGUAAGUCUGUUCAGAGGGAAGGGAAGGCUGCUGGUCCGGGGAUGGAGACAGAAACAGAGAGUUAG